AUGGCUGAUGGUGAGGACAUCCAGCCUCUUGUCUGCGACAAUGGCACCGGAAUGGUCAAGGCUGGUUUUGCUGGUGACGAUGCACCAAGGGCUGUUUUCCCUAGCAUCGUGGGCCGUCCUCGUCACACUGGUGUCAUGGUAGGGAUGGGACAGAAGGACGCGUAUGUUGGUGACGAGGCACAGUCCAAGAGAGGUAUUCUCACGCUCAAGUACCCGAUUGAGCACGGUAUUGUCAGCAACUGGGAUGACAUGGAGAAAAUCUGGCAUCACACUUUCUACAACGAGCUCCGUGUUGCCCCCGAGGAGCACCCUGUGCUGCUCACUGAAGCUCCUUUGAACCCAAAGGCCAACAGGGAGAAGAUGACCCAGAUUAUGUUCGAGACUUUCAAUGUUCCUGCCAUGUACGUUGCGAUUCAAGCUGUGCUCUCCCUCUAUGCUAGUGGGCGUACUACUGGUAUUGUUCUCGACUCUGGUGAUGGUGUGAGCCACACUGUGCCCAUUUACGAAGGAUAUGCCCUUCCCCAUGCCAUUCUUCGUUUGGAUCUUGCUGGACGGGACCUCACGGACUCCCUCAUGAAAAUUCUCACUGAGAGGGGUUACUCCUUCACAACCUCUGCCGAGCGAGAAAUUGUAAGGGACAUCAAGGAGAAGCUGGCAUAUAUAGCCCUUGACUACGAGCAAGAGUUGGAAACUGCCAAGAAUAGCUCCUCAGUUGAAAAGAGCUAUGAGCUACCUGAUGGUCAAGUAAUCACCAUCGGUGCAGAGAGAUUCAGGUGCCCUGAGGUCCUCUUCCAGCCGUCCAUGAUUGGUAUGGAGGCUGCUGGAAUCCAUGAGACAACAUACAAUUCAAUCAUGAAGUGCGACGUGGAUAUCAGGAAGGACCUCUACGGCAACAUUGUGCUCAGUGGAGGUUCAACUAUGUUCCCAGGUAUCGCUGAUCGUAUGAGCAAGGAGAUCACUUCCCUUGCACCAAGCAGCAUGAAGAUCAAGGUCGUUGCACCACCUGAAAGGAAGUACAGUGUUUGGAUAGGAGGAUCGAUCCUAGCCUCGCUCAGCACUUUCCAACAGAUGUGGAUAUCGAAGGAGGAGUAUGAUGAGUCUGGCCCGGCAAUUGUUCACAGGAAGUGCUUCUAG